AUGUCCAACAGCAGCUACAUCACUGAAUUUGUGCUUGUGCCAUUUGCAGACACACGGGAGCUGCAGCUCUUGCACUUUUGGCUCUUCAUGGGCAUCUACCUGACUGCCCUCCUGGGCAAUGGCCUCGUCAUCACCACCAUAGCCUGUGACCAGCACCUCCACACACCCAUGUACUUCUUCCUCCUCAACCUCUCUCUCCUUGACCUGGGCUGCAUCUCUACCAUUGUCCCCAAAUCCAUGGCCAAUUCCCUCUGGGACACCAGGGCCAUCUCCUACACAGGAUGUGCUGCCCAGGUUUUUUUUUUUUUCUUCUUGAUCACAGCAGAGUUUUCUCUCCUCAGUGUCAUGUCCUACGACCGCUAUGUUGCCAUCUGCAAACCCCUGCACUAUGGGACCCUCCUGGGCAGCAGAGCUUGUGUCCACAUGGCAGCAGCUGCCUGGGCCACUGGGUUUCUCUAUGCUCUGCUGCACACGGCCAAUACAUUUUCACUGCCCCUGUGCAAGGGCAAUGCUGUGGACCAAUUCUUCUGUGAAGUUCCCCAAAUCCUCAAGCUCUCUUGCUCAGAUGCCUACAUCAGGGAAGCUGGGCUUAUUGUAGUUAGUGCCUGUUUAUUCUUUGUGUGUUUUGUGUUCAUAGUGGUGUCCUAUGUGCAGAUCUUCAGGGCCGUGCUGAGGAUCCCCUCUGAGCAGGGACGGCACAAAGCCUUUUCCACGUGCCUCCCUCACCUGGCCGUGGUAUCCCUGUUUAUUGGCACUGGUACAUUUGCCUCCUGUAAACCCCCCUCCAUCUCCUCUCCAGCCCUGGAUCUGAUGGUGUCUGUCUUGUACUCGGUGGUGCCUUCAGUAGUGAACCCCCUCAUCUAUAGCAUGAGGAACCAGGAGCUCAAGGAUGCCCUGUGGAAACUGAUGACUGGGUGUUUUUUUUAA